AUGAACAGAAAGAUACCACUACUUCGCCUCUUUGUUGGAGCACCGACGCAAACACAGUGGUCGGGGUGGCUGGUGGUUUCGGGAUCCCGUAGAAAUGCUUCUUUUAUGCCUUGGGUAUUAGCCAUAGCUCGUAUUCAUUCCGUAAUUAUACCCCUUCUUCAUUCUUGGAUCUCGUUUCUAAAUAUUGUGACUCUUCCAUGUUGUGUCUCAGGAACCUUUUCAAUACGGUCCGGAUUGCUAGCUUCCGUUCAUAGUUUUACUACAGAUGAUACACGAGGAAUCUUUUUAUGGCGGUUCUUCCUUCUAAUGACCGGCAUAUCUAUGAUUCUUUUCUCCCGAAUGAAGUAGUAGGCAUCGGUCCGUAGAACUUAUAAAAAAGAGAUAGUUGUGGCGCGAAGUACUUUUGUGCACCUCCGUCACUUGGCUCGGGAGCAACCUUGCCCCGUUAUGUUAUGGAAGAAUUGA